UGGAGGGCAAAGUAGGGAAUAUAUUAUAGAGCAGAAAAGGUUAAGAUUUUUCUUGUAACCAGGAGAAGAGUGUGUGUGUUGAGAUCGAAUUCAAUCAAUCUGAUCAAAUCGAAGAAAGUUGGUUGCUGCGAUUGGGUGGUUUCUGUUCCUUUCCUGGAGCGAAUCAAAAAGCUGCAACCAUUCCUCUUCGUCAAAGUAGAAAACCCCAAAAGAGAGAGAGAGAGAGACUCUUUGCUUCUUCUAAAUUGGUUUCGUCUUCAUCUCCCCUUGGCUCAAUUUCUUCACAGCUCCCAGCUUGAAUCUUCGCUGAACUUUGGUUCGUCCUCCUAUUGGUAGGUUUUACUUUCGUUGCUAAGUUUAUGGUGUAAGGAGAAAUUGCAAAAAUUAAAAGUGCAAGUCCAUGAAAAAGUUGUGGACUUGUUCUUAGAGUUACUUAUGGUAUGUUGAUGUCACAACCAUUAUGCCGGUUUUAGUUUGGAGAUAUGCAAAGGUAUCAUCCUGCCAACUGCACUAGUGCAGUCAACAAUACCGCUAUGGGUGCUAGGGACUCUGGACGAGCUGAUUCUUCUUCCAUUGGAAACUACUCGCUUAACUCAAGGAGGCCACCGCCAUUGACGCCCUACAAGUUGAGGUGUGAAAAGGACGGUCUGAAUUCCCGACUAGGACCGCCUGAUUUUCAUACUCCAACAUCAAGUUCCCCCGAAGAAAAUCUUACCAAAGAGUAUAUUCAGUUUGGAUACAAGGAAACUGUUGAUGGACUUAAGGAAGCGGACGAGAUUAUAUUGACCCAGGUCCAUACUUUUUCAAAGCCUGUUGUCCUAAAGUGCAAAGAGUCUGUCAGAAAGUGUUUUAGAGCUAUCAAUGAGUCUCGUGCACUGAAGCGCAAGGCUGGUCAGGUCUAUGGGGUGCCUCUCUCUGGUUCACUUCUCGGUAAGCCUGGAUUCCCAGAACAAAAAUCAUGUGGGGAGGAGACAAAGAAAAAAUGGAUUGAGAGUCUAUCACAACAGCACAAGCGUUUGCGCUCUUUGGCUGAUAACAUUCCUGGAUAUAGGAGAAAAACCUUAUUUGAAGUCCUCAUAAGGAACAAUGUCCCAUUACUGAGAGCUACUUGGUUUAUAAAAGUGACUUAUCUUAAUCAGGUGCGACCUAGCACUGCGGCUAUUUCUUCAGGAACACCUGACAAGACACAAAAUUCUCGGUGUGAGCAAUGGACAAAAGAUGUUAUUGAAUAUUUGCAAUACCUCUUGGAUGAACUUUUGUCACGGAAUAGUUCGUAUCCUUCUCAGCAAACUAGAGAUAGGUCGCCACAGAUGCUUUAUGCAGGAUCAAUGCAAAAGAUUAGUCCAGCAUCGUCAAGUCUUUACGGGGAGGAAACAUCUCUGCAUUUUAAAUGGUGGUAUAUGGUGCGUCUUCUACAGUGGCACCAUGCUGAAGGCCUCCUUUUUCCUUAUCUCAUUGUUGAUUGGGUUCUCAGGCUCUUACAGGAAAAAGAUGUCUUUGAAAUUUUGCUGUUGCUACUUCCCAUUGUAUAUGUUUUUUUAGAGAGCAUUGUUCUCUCUCAGACAUAUGUACAAAGUCUUGUAGCUAUUGCUGUCCGUUUCAUCGAGGAACCUGUUCCUGGUGGAUCCGAUCUUGUUGAUAACUCUCGGAGAGCUUAUACUCUCUCUGCUUUAGUUGAGAUGGUUCGCUAUUUGGUACUGGCUGCACCCGACACAUUUGUUUCUUCAAAUUGCUUACCGCUACCUCCUUCCAUCGCAGCAUGUGGACCCAAUGACGUGAGCUAUGCAUCAAAGGCAUAUGAGAAUCUGGAAAAGUUGAGAAGUAAUUCCUCAGAGAUCUCUACCCAGUUUCAAGGGAGGGGAGUUGACUCUCGGUUUGGAUUCCUUUCUUUUGAUUACACCAUUUCAACCAUUCAAAGAAGUGCAGAUGAUUUGGCAAAGAUAGCUAGCGCUGGUUAUCCUCAGCAUAACGUGGCUAAAGCUGUUCAGGCUUUGGAUAAAGCUUUGUCGGACGGGGAUAUCAGAGCUGCUUACUCUUAUCUCUUUGAAGACCUCUGCAAUGGAGCCGUUGAUGAGACCUGGAUUGCUGAAGUCAGUCCAUGCUUGAGAUCAUCCCUCAGAUGGAUUGGGGCUAUCAGUACAUCCUUCGUUUGCUCUGCUUUUUUCCUGAUCGAAUGGGCGACAUGUGAUUUUAGAGAUUUCCGGGCUGGUGUGCCUAAAGAUAUCAAAUUCUCUGGCAGAAAAGAUUGUUCUCAGGUGUAUUUAGUUAUUCAGCUUCUGAAGCAGAAAAUUCUGGGUGGAGAAUUCGCAGCUCGCAAAGGAAAGAACCAUCGCAGCAAUUCUCUUGGUGUCUCUAAACCUAGCAGUUCGAUGGAUGCAUUUGAAAGUCCAGGCCCGUUACAUGAUAUCAUAGUCUGUUGGAUUGAUCAGCAUGAGGUACACAGGGGAGGAGCAAAGCGCUUGCAGUUACUCGUUUUUGAACUUAUACGCUCUGGAAUUUUUAAUCCUUUAGCAUACGUUAGACAACUUAUAUUUAGUGGGAUGAUUGAUAUGAUUCAGUCUGCUGCUGAUCCUGAGAGGAGAAUAAGGCAUCAUCGCAUAUUAAAGCAGCUACCUGGGUGGUUUGUAUAUGAUACUUUAGAGGAAGCACAGCUCUUAGGAGGAGAUAAGCUUGAAGAGGCUGUGAGAAUUUAUUCAAAUGAAAGGCGACUUCUUCUGCGAGAGUUGCUUGUUAAUGCAGAUCAGAAGUCAAAGAAAAAUUCCACUUUCCUUCCGUCAGUUGAUUUGCCAAGGACCUUUAACGCAAUGGCCGAUAAUCAGGAACUUCGAAAACAUACCAAGCGCAGUAAGGAUAUUAGAGAACUAAAGGAGCGCAUAGCUGCUCUACUGCAGUUUCCAGAUGUGUCCUGUGGUGUGAAAAAUUCAGUGCGAGAUGAAUUUCAAAGUAGCGUUAAGGAAUCAAGUGGAUCUGUGUAUAGCAAGAUGGAUCACCUAGAAUCUACACCAGGGUGUGAAGACUGUAGAAGAGCAAAAAGAAAAAAAAUGAAUGAUGAAAAGAGCUCUUGCUAUCAAGGGAGUUCACCAAUUGCAUUAGAUGAAGAAGAUAACUGGUGGAUCAAGAAGGGGUUUAAAACUGUGGAGCCUUCUCUGAAGGUUGAUCCUCUGAUGGAGUUAACUAAACAAGUACCGAGGGGUAGGCAGAAGAUGGUGCGCAAAACACAGUCGCUGGCUCAACUACAAGCUGCGAGGAUUGAAGGUAGCCAGGGCGCUUCAACGAGUCAUGUUUGUGAUAACAAAGUAAGCUGCCCUCAUCAUGGCCCUGGAGUGGAAGGAGAAAACCAUAAGGUGGUUGAUGUGUUUAGAACUUCUACCUCUGUGGAUAUUGUAUCUGUUGGAAACUCUUUGAAGCAGCUACAGUUUGUUGAUAAGCGGUCUGUUGCAGUUUGGCUUGUAAAUGUUGUUCGGCAACUUGUUGAAGAGUCCGAAAAGAGCAGUGUGAGAGUUGGGCAGUUCAAUAAAGGUGCACCAGUUGAAGAAAAAAACACAGUUAGGUGGAAGCUUGGGGCAGACGAGCUAUCUUCCAUAUUAUUUCUCAUGGAUCUCUCGCGUGACUUGGUUUCAGUUGUUAAAUUUCUUUUUUGGUUAUUACCAAGGGCCAAAAGUAGCCCAAGUUUUUCCGUUCAAGGUGGGAGAAACCUUGUAAUUAUGCCAAGGAAUGUUGAAAACAACGUGUGUGAAGUAGGGGAGGCUAUUCUAGUAUCAUCACUUAGGAGGUAUGAAAACAUUCUAUUUUCAGCAGAUCUUGUUCCCGAGGCCAUGACAGCUUUGAUGGCACGUGCCGCAUCACUUAUGUCGAGUAAUGGAAAGAUUUCUGGAUCAGCAGCUUUAGUUUAUGCUCGCUAUAUUUUGAAUGGAUAUGGAAAUCUUCCCAGUGUUGUGGAAUGGCAUAACAAUUUCAAAGCAACAUGUGAAAAGAGGCUUCUUUCUGAACUUGAUCAUACUCGAUCAGGGAACGGUGAGUAUGAAAUCCCCCUUAACGUUCCAGCUGGAGUAGAUAAUGCAGACGACUAUUUACGUAAAAAAAUCAGCAGCAGUGGUACUCGUCUGUCAAGAGUGGGUUUGAAUAUGAGAGAGGUUGUGCAAAGACAUGUUGAAGAGACGACUCAUUAUCUCAGAAAACUCAUUGGUACUGAUACAAUGAAAGCAUCACUUGCUGAGAAAAAUGACGACGGGUAUCAGGUGGCUCAACAAAUUGUAGUUGGGCUAAUGGACUGCAUUAGACAGACUGGCGGUGCAGCGCAAGAGGGUGAUCCUUCUUUGGUUUCUUCUGCGGUAUCUGCGAUCAUUAACAGUGUAAGCAAUUCCAUGGCAAGAAUUUUGGAUUUCUCUGUGGGAAAUGUUCAUCAGAAUCGUCCAUCUGGCGUAGGUUCAUCUAAUAUCGCACGUCACAUUUUGCAAAUCCAUAUAACCUGUCUGUGCCUUCUAAAGGAAGCUCUUGGAGAGCGUCAAAGUCGAGUGUUUGAAAUAGCGCUCGCAACAGAAAGUUCCACUGCUCUUGCUGGAGCGUUUGCCCCUGCGAAGGGAUCCCGGGGUCAGCAUCAGCUAUCUCCUGAAUCCUAUGAUUCAAUUGCGAACAACACGAAUGAUAUCCCGAACGGUACUGGAAAAGUAGCGCUGAGCAAAGCAACAAAAGUUACUGCAGCUGUAUCUGCACUUGUUAUAGGUGCUAUCACACAUGGCGUUAUAACCCUUGAGAGGAUUGUUGGUCUGCUGAGACUAAGGGAGUGCUUAGAUUUCGUUCAGUUUGUAAGGCGUACAAAAUCGAGUUCUAAUGGCAGUGCUAGGUCCGUGGGAGCCUCUAAAGUGGAUAACUCUAUUGAAGUUUAUGUACAUUGGUUCAGACUUCUUGUUGGUAACUGCAAAACUGUUUCGGAAGGGAUGGUUUUGGAGCUUGUGGGAGAAUCUUCCGUGGUGGCUGUAUCACGUAUGCAGCGCAUGCUUCCGCUGAAAUUGGUCUUCCCACCAGCCUAUUCAAUUAUUGCCUUUGUUCUGUGGAGGCCUUUGCUUUCGAGUGGCAACUCUAACUCCAGCGUCCAUGAAGAUACUCACCGCCUUUAUCAGUCUUUGACAGUGGCCUUUCAUGAUGUGAUUAAGCACCUUCCUUUCCGAGAUGUGUGCUUUAGAGACACCCAGGGACUUUAUGAACUAAUAGUUGCUGAUUCCACAGAUGCUGAGUUUGCGGCGGUACUUGAGCUGAAUGGUAUGGAUAUGCACUUAAAAUCUGUGGCUUUUGCUCCUCUUCGUGCCCGUCUUUUCCUUAACUCCGUAAUUGAUUGUAAGAUGCCAUCCUCUGGUUAUUCCCACGAAGCACUUAGUGAAUCGAAAAAACGACACCAGGGAAAUGGAACAAAGCUUGUGGACAAGCUGGUGUCUGUAUUAGAUUGCCUGCAACCUGCAAAAUUUCACUGGCAGUGGGUUGAACUCAGGUUGCUUCUAAACGAGCAAGCAUUAACCGAGAAACUCGAAAAUCACGAUAUGCCUUUGACAGAUGCAAUACGAUCUUCCUGUCCUACCUCUGAGAAGCCUGAGGCCUCUGAGAAUGAGAAAAAUUUCAUCCAAAUCCUCCUCACAAGGUUAUUGGUUAGACCUGAUGCAGUACCACUUUUCUCGGAAGUGGUUCAUCUCUUCGGUAGGUCGGUUGAGGAUUCAAUGUUGAAGCAAGCUGAAUGGUUUCUAGCAGGUCCAGAUGUUCUUCUUGGACGAAAAACAAUCAGACAAAAACUGAUUAUAGUAGGAGAAAGCAAAGGACUUCCUACGAAACCUCAGUUCUGGAAACCUUGGGGUUGGUGCAGCAACUCCAGUUUCGAUCCUAUCACGGCAAACAAGGCAGGAAAGAAAAGAAAGUUGGAAAGUACUUCUAUGGAAGAAGGGGAAGUGAUCGAGGAAGGGUUGGGUUCAAAAAAGUUAUUAUUUGAUGAGAACAGUCCCAGUGUUGGAUAUGGGAUUACAACUGAGAGGGCUUUUGUUCAGCUAGUGCUUCCAUGCAUAGAUCAAAGCUCUGAUGAAUCUCGAAGUAUCUUUGUGAAUGAGUUGGUAAGACAGUUUAGCAAUAUUGAGCAGCAGUUAAGUUCAGUUACCAUCCGCAGUAUAACAAACAACAAACAGAUGGGAACUGCUUCUUCUGGGUCUGAGGUUUCAUCAAAUAAAGGAAGUACUCGGAAGGGCCCUCGUGGUGGUAGCCCUAGCUUGGCAAGAAGAUCCUCAAUCAAUACUACUGACACUGCGCCGCCACCUUCCCCUGCUGCUUUGAGAGCUUCUAUGUCUUUGCGGUUGCAGUUUCUUCUAAGGUUACUGCCUGUCAUCUGCAGGGAACCUUCGUUUAGGAACACGAGACAUACACUUGCAUCUACAAUAGUUCGUCUGCUUGGAAGCCGAGUAGUUUAUGAAGACUCUGCUGCAUGUUCUCCUCGUAGUGACGUAUCAAAGGCGGAGACAGAAUCAACAAGAGAUCCAUCUUCCAUGGCAGAUCUUUCUAGUGAUGUCUUAUUUGACCGAUUAUUGUUUGUACUCCAUGGGCUGUUAAGCAAUCACCAGCCAAAUUGGCUAAAGCCAAGGUCUUCUUCUAAUGAAUCAUCCAAAGACUUUACCUUGUUUGAUCGUGAUGCAGCAGAGAGCUUACAGAAUGAGCUUGCACGGAUGCAGCUACCGGACACCAUCAGAUGGCGGAUCCAAGCAGCGAUGCCAAUUCUCCUUCCUUCUCUACGUUGCUCUCUCUCGUGUCAGCCACAUUCUGUUCCGCCAACCGCACUCACUCUUGUUCAACCCUCGGGAUCUGCUGCUGCUGCUGGGCUCAAUCAAAGAAACUCCCUUGCCACACCAAAAACUGUAACAGCAGGGCAAGGGAAGCUGAAGCAGAAUAUGUUGUCACCAUGUCAACAGCAAGAAGCAGACAACACGGAUGUGGUUGACCCAUGGACGCUUUUGGAAGAUGGGACAAGCUCAGGUCAAUCAAGCAGCAACGCUUCAAACAGCAGCGACAUGGGCAAUCUUCGAGCCACAUGUUGGUUAAAGGGUGCAGUGAGGGUCAGACGGACUGAUCUGACAUACAUUGGUUCAGUGGACGAAGACAGCUGAAUACUGUUGCAUAGUUGUGUUUUGACGAUCAUGAGAGAGCUCUGGUAAGUGAGAAGCAAAGGAGCAAAGAAGCUUGGAUCUUCGGUGCCUAUCUCAUUUAUUAAGGGGCUCAUAAGAAGACUGAAGCAAGUCUUAGUGAGAGAGAGAGAGAGAGUCUCUAUGAGUCUGUGUAGCUUCUUCAGAGAUCUUUGUAUUUUAACUACUAACCCUUUUUUGCUAUUUUGGUCACACCACCCGGACCCAUGCUGGUUCGGAACCCUGUUGUAUGUAAUAGGGCUUGGAAAAUUAAUUGACUAAAUAUUAUUAUUCC